GGGCCCUGCCUCUGCCCCGGCAUGAAGGACCCCGAGACGCGCUUCGCAGGCCAAGCGGCCGCUGGAGAGGCCCGGGCGCGCCCGCGGCGGCGCGGACGCCAAGGCGCAGCGCAGGCCUCCCGCCGCCAGCGACGACCCCGCCCGGGUGCUCUUCAAGAAGACCACGCUGUGCCGGUUCUUCUCCUCGAGGAGACCUCCCUCGGCUGCGAGCGUGGGGCCGCGUGCCCUUUCGCGCACGGCAGGGGCGAGAUGCGGAGCAAGCCAGACCUCAAGAAGACGUCCUUGUGCAAGCUGUGGGCCAAAGGCCGCUGCCCGUCCGAGAGCCAGCAGUGCCCGUGGGCCCACGGCACCCACGAGCUGCAGAGGAUCCGGGCGCAGCCGGGCGAGCUCGGCGGCGGAGAGCAGGGUCUCGCGGACUGCCUAUCUGCGGUCGCCAGCGGGGACAGCGGGGACAGCUGCUUUAAGCUCGAUGGCCGUGCUGGGAAGACUGGCAGCAGUAGGCCGCACGGCGACGUCCCGGUGGUCUUCCUGGAGGCGUCCGCCCUGGGGGCCAGCUGCUCGUCCGACGACGACCUGGCCUGCGGCCGGCCCCGCGCGCGGGAGGCCCAGAAGGAGUGCCCGCGGUGCGGCAUGUGCGGGCACACGUCCACGGCUUGCUUCUGCGUGCGGUGCGGCUACGCCCUGGUGGACGGCGGCCAGCCCCCGUGCCAGCCGCAGGAGCCCGCCUCCCCGUGCCACGACGGGUGCUCCGCGCAGCCCGCGGCCGCCGCUGCCCCUGUCCUCCUCGGCGAGCCCUGGGUGGCCGUGCAGGGGCCGUGGCCCGUGGGCGCCUGCCCGCCGGGCAUGGUGAUGCUGAUGCCGGCGACGCCCCAGGGCUGGGUGCUCGUGCCGUCGCCAGCGCCAUUCGCGGGCGACCUGCCCGUACCGACCUGCCCGUCGCUCUCGCUCUGCGACCUGCCCGCCGCGGGCUGGAGCGGCGCCCUGCAUGUCGUCGCGCGUGCCAAGCGGGUGUCGCUGAGGGCUCCUCCACGGGCCCGCUCGCGCCCAGAUUGGCGGGGACGCUCCAGGCGAAGCGCCGGUUUGGGGCGGUGGGGCGUGCUGCUUCUCGGGGGCACCCGGGCACGACAGCGUGGCAUGCAUGGCGCGUAUGGUGCCCACGGGCGCGCUCGCGCCCAGGCUGCGGGGACCUCUCGUGCGAACUUUUCAAACCGGAUUGUUGCGCUUGGACUGAGCGAGUUUGAAGCCGGGGGCGGCAUACUUGCAGGGACAUCACCGCUUGAUGCUGUGAAGUUCAUCUUCAGUUUGUGCAUGACAGGGUCACCGCACCAACCCUGUCGAUUUGAAGUGUUGUUCCGCACGGAUGUCGUGUGCACAUUUUCACAUUCUUGCCACUCCAGGGGUUGA